AUGUCAGACUCAACCGAAGAAAACCCCCUCUUCGCAAUCGAAUACGACUCAUCCGAUGAAUCUACCCCCGACACCACGGAAAAAGUCCCUCGAGAUUUCCAAUCCGAAGAGAAUUUUCAAGCUGUAAAACGUGAAUGGAAAGCUAGGAGCGAAUCUGGCGAGAUCCAUAAAACGCUCCCUCCUCUCCCUCUAAACCCACGCAGUAAACCACAAACAGCUCAAUUCCUCUACGCGAUUGAAGAAUUGUAUUUUUAUAGAAGAUUUGAAGAAGCGAGGAAGUUAUCGGAGAGGAUCUUGGAACAAGAUGAUUUAAUGGAGGAUUUUAGGGCAGUGGUGGAGAAAUAUGAGAGGAGAUGUGGAGAACGAUUGAAGGCUGGGAAGGAGAAAGGAGAGGAAGAGAAGUGA